AUUAGUUGACUACGAGUUGUAAUCGAUGACUGUCCACUGUAGGACGCAUUUAAUGAUUACGGAAUGUGCUGUAUAAGAGCUGGUGGUUAUAGCCUAAUGUUGUAACUUAGCUUGAAUUUCUGUCUGACGAACCAAGCAUCAGCUAAAGAAUGUUGGAAAUCUACAGGAGAAAUUAAAGCUUGAAUAGGCUAAACAAUUCUUUGUCAGAAUGGACAACUGAGAAUGCCAUGGUGGACGAAGAGAAGCAAAUAAUUGUUCUUGAAUUUAAAUAGGCUAUAUCAAGACAAGGCUUGAAGAGUAGCCAACAUGCCUUUGCAACAUGCAGCUUAUGUUUUAACUAAACAGAAAUAACCUAAUUUAGCCAGUACAGAGACGAAAAUCACGAGUUUGUUGCCUAGCAGCACGUUCCCGUCUGAUUCGCCCUCGGUCUUGCUCGCUCUGUUGCGUUUUAAAGGCGCGCCUCUGCGCACCUGAACGGCACAGCUGUGGAAACUGUGGAAAGAUUGAGUUCCAACCGUCCUUUUCAUGGAAUAACCUAUCACCGCAUAAUUUUAUUUAGCCUGUAGGCUAUUCUACCCAAAAUGCGUCGGAUUGGAAAAUAACAAAUCUGUACCAUCAUUCAAAACCAUUUUAUCAAACAUUAGUUGGAGAACGACAAAUUGUCUUUCAAAUGAGAAAUAGAUUAUUUUGAGGCAGAGGUCCUCCACUGUCCCUUUCAGUAUGACCAGUGGUAGCUCUAGUCCAGCACAGUUCUAUGGGGACAGUGCAUCUCUCCUGUCCCUGGAUUCCAGUGUUUUCUACAGUGAAGCCCCUCCACCAACUGAUGACACUUUAGACUUCUUCAUUAUCAAUGUAGGUGGAAGCCGCUACAUCCUGUCCCAUGAGCUUUUGACGUCUUACCCCGAGACUAGGCUGGGAAAACUGGCCCUCUCCACCCGCGACUGUGCCUUGGACCUUUGUGAUGAUGCAGACCUCCUGGAGAAUGAGUUCUUCUUUGACCGCAACUCGCAGACGUUCCAGUACAUCAUGAACUUUUACAAGACAGGUCACCUGCAUGUUAGAGAGGAGCUGUGUGUGGUCUCUUUCCUGCAGGAGAUUGAGUACUGGGGGAUUGAUGAACUGCGCAUCGAUUCUUGUUGCAGGGAUAAGUACUACCGGCGGAAGGAGAUGAAGGAAUCAAUGGAAAUCACGAGCGACGUGGAUGUCAUAGACAGUGAGGAGGAGGACUUCACUGGGGUGAUGUGCCAGGACUUGAGACAGAGAUUAUGGGACCUCAUGGAGAAGCCUGACUCGUCCCCAGCUGCAAAGACAUUUGGGACCUUGUCCAUGUUCUUUGUGGUGGUGUCCAUCUUGAGCAUGGCUUUGAUAUCGCUGGACCUCACUCUGCUGGGGCAACCGUUCCUGGAUGCCCUGGAGUAUGUGUGCAUCGUUUGGUUCACAGGCGAGCUCCUGCUCCGGUUCAUGUGCGUGAGGGACAAAUGUAAGUUCAGCAGGAGUGUGGUGAACAUCAUUGACCUGCUGGCCAUCCUGCCCUUCUACGUCACGCUGGCGGUGGAGAACCUGCACGGAGGCUCCACAGAGCUGGAGAACGUGGGCCGGGUGGUGCAGGUGCUCAGGCUGAUGAGGUCACUCAGGAUGCUCAAGCUGGGCCGCCAUUCCACAGGUCUGAAAUCUCUAGGCAUGACGGUCACCCAGUGCUACCAGGAGGUGGGUCUGCUGAUGCUCUUCCUGACCGUGGGCAUCUCCAUCUUCGCCGCGGUGGAGUACGCCAUUGAGCACGACCUGCCCGACACCACCUUCACCAACGUGCCCAGCGCCUGGUGGUGGGCCACCACCUCCAUGACCACCGUGGGCUACGGGGACAUCCGGCCCGACACCACCGUGGGCAAGGUGGUGGCCUUCCUCUGCAUCCUGUCGGGCAUCCUGAUCCUGGCGCUGCCCAUCGCCAUCAUCAACGAGCGCUUCUCGGCGUGCUACUUCACGCUGAAGGUGAAGGAGGCGGCGCUGCGGCACAGUGAGGCGCUGCGGCGGCUGGCCCGCGGCUCCACCUCCGAGGGUGCUGCGCUCGGGGUGAACCUGCGCGACGCCUACGCCCACAGCGUGCUGGAGAUGCUCCGGCUCCAGGGCAGGGAGCGGGCGAGCACACGCAGCAGCGCAGCCGACGACCCCUUUUGGUAGCGGGGAGGGAAACGCACACGGACAUGCAGUAUAUAGCACACACACACACACAUACACACACACACACACACACACACACACACACACACACACACACACACACA